GAUUGGUCUGACACCUUACGGAAUCGCUUGGCCUCGAAGGUCGCUUUCGCGAUUCCAUUUAAACGGCAAUAAACGGAGCCCCGUGGCACCACAACAGAGGUUGCAUCAUGUUAAGACAAACGUGCUUAUUGUUGAUUGUUUUCGGUAGUUCUGGACUCCCAUGGGAUGAAUUAAGUCGCUUGCAACCACAGUGUGGCCCGUUUCCAAUUUCGGAAAGAUUGGAUUGUUAUCCUGAGGAGGGGGCUAAUAAGGAUGCAUGUAUUAACAAAGGCUGUUGCUGGAGUGCGAUUGAUUUCACUGAGCCUCAUAUCCCGAUGUGUUACUUUCCAAAGGAUUACAGAACGUAUACUGUAAGAAAUGUCACUCAAAACCCAAGGGGCUUUGUUGCGGAUAUGGAGAAGAUUGCGUCACCGUAUGGUGUAAAUGAAUUCCAAAAUGUUCGGGUUGAAGUGAUCCACGAAACAAAGACUCGCUUACGUGUGCGGUUUACGAUCCCAUCUGAUCCAAAUCGCUGGGAACCGCCAAUCCCACUUGGAAAGCCUGAUGUGGAUGCCCCAGAACCGACAGACUACGCUGUGGAACUGGAAAAAUCACCGUUUGGUAUUCGGGUUGUUCGAAACGAUCCAACCCGACAAUUGUUGCUGGAUUCGACUGGAGAUUUGUCUGUAUCGACAAUUUUUUCGGACCAGUUCCUCCAGACCAGUUUCCGUUUGGGGGCUGAGCAUGGUUUCGGUCCAGGUGAAGUACGUGCAGACUUCCCACACUGGUUACGCCGGACCUGGUUACGUAUGGGACUGUGGACACGUGACAAUGCACCAGUGAGGGAAGCAAACCUCUACGGCGUGCAUAAUUUCUUCAUGGGACUCAGUUUAGAUGGAUCCGCAUUCGGCGUGUUCUUACUAAACAGCAAUGCACAAGAAGUUUUGUUAACUCCUUUGCCAGCCAUCACUUACCGGGCAAUUGGUGGAAUUUUGGACUUCUUUAUUUUUACUGGACCUAAUCCGAUGGAUGUGACGGCACAGUAUUUGAGUCUGAUUGGUCAUCCUUUACUCCCACCCUACUGGUCUUUGGGAUUUCAUUUAUGCCGUUAUGGCUACCGGGAUUCAGAAGAAGUGGCCAACACUGUAGAACGGAAUGUCCAGGCUGGUAUACCACUUGAUGCUCAGUGGAUUGAUAUAGACUACAUGGAUGCUUACCGAGUUUGGACCGUAGACCCAACGAAAUUUGGUGGGUUACCAAGCUUAAUCCGAGACACUUUUCAUUCCAAGUAUGGCAUAAGAAAUGUCCUGAUCGUGGACCCAGCAGUGAGUGCAAAGAAUGAUCCCACGUAUGUGCCAUUCCUGGAUGGUUUAAAACGAGGAAUCUUUAUUAAUGACAGCCGGACAGGUAGACCCAUUGAAGGAGUUGUCUGGCCAGGAGACACAGUGUUCCCUGAUUUUUCCCAUCCCGAAGCUGAGGCAUGGGUGUAUAAUUUGGCCAGUCAGUUUCAUAAGAGUGUUCCUUUCGACGGUCUUUGGAUUGACAUGAAUGAACCUGCAAGUUUUGCCGCAGGUUCCAAAACAAACUGCGAUCAAACGAGUUCCCUAGAUAACCCGCCAUUUGUUCCGCUCGUUCUGGAUCGUUCGCUCUAUGCGAAAACAGUUUGUCCAUCGGCUCUGCACCACGAUUCAACUCACUAUAAUAGACACAACUUGUAUGGUUAUGAUCAUGCGCGCGUGACUCACAACGUACUCAAACAACUGUUCGCAGGAAAGCGUCCUUUCCUGCUGCGUCGUUCUUCUUUUUUAUGGUUNUGCGCGCGUGACUCACAACGUACUCAAACAACUGUUCGCAGGAAAGCGUCCUUUCCUGCUGAGUCGUUCUACUUUUUCAGGUUCUGGACUCUAUACGAUCCAUUGGACUGGAGACAACUUGUCAAGCUGGCCGGAUAUGCGCGCGUCAAUUGCUCAGAUAAUUAACUUCAACCUGUUUGGUAUUCCCAUGGUUGGUGCAGAUAUAUGUGGUUUUCGUGGGAAUACAACGGAGGAGUUAUGUGUACGCUGGAGUCAACUCGGUGCCUUUUACCCAUUUUCACGUAACCAUAACGACCUUGGCUCGACUCCACAAGAUCCUGCCGUAUGGAGCAAAGCAGCCACUGAGGCUAUACGAGAUGCUAUUCGGCUACGUUACCUUCUACUGCCGUACAUGUACUCACUCUUCUACCGCGCUCAUCUGAAUGGGACUACUGUGGCUCGGGCGCUGGCUUUUGAGUUUCCUGGUGACACUAAUACCCACAAUGUGAAAGAACAGUUCAUGCUGGGAUCAUGCAUACUUGUAACCCCAGUCCUGGAUGAAGGUCGAACUGAUGUAACUGGCUAUGUGCCAGCCGGAUACUGGAUUAAUCUCUCUACCGGUCGCCGUGAUUACAGCACAGGACAAGUAAAGUACUUCCAAGCGCCACUCAAUGUCAUUCCAAUACUGGUGAGAGGUGGUUGCAUUGUACCUUUCCAGACAAGCUUUGAAGUCACUAAAGUAUCUAGAAAGAAAGGAAUAGCUUUGCUGGUAGUGCUUUCCACGAUGGAUGACGGGACCUCAAUGCCGCAGACUGGUACAGCCAAAGGCGAGCUAUUUUGGGAUGACGGGGAAGCUGACCCACUGAAUUACGUGUACGUAAACUUCACAGUGGCUAACAGAGAACUCCAUAUUGUUCCAAAGCCACUGAAUGAUAACACAGUACAGAGUAUAGAUCCACAAGAAACUCAAAUUAAAAGCAUACUCAUAAAUGGACUAAGCCAAGAACCAAAACAGGUGUUGCUGAAUAGGGCGCCAGUUGCGUACUCUUUCGACGAAAACUUACAAACUGUCCGUGUUGGGUGCCCGGAAUCCACGCACUUUACCUCGAUGGUCACUGUCACUUGGGAAUUCUAGCUCACUGAAAAUUUAGUGUUAUCUGUGCUGAACCAUUUGCCACUUCUCAAAUUUCGUUUGAUUUAUUUUUACCUAUCACGGAUACAGCAGAGUUUCCAUUCCCUUCCUUGAGAUUGCUUUCAUUCGUAUUCUUGCUUUUCUAACAAUCUUGUUGUGUUCGGAGUCAACAGUCUCACAAACAUCGGAACUCGAAACUCCAUUCGGAGUAAACUGGCAAACAGUAGCUUUCUGUUGCAUGUGUCCAAUUGAAUUUUCCAUGUAAGCCUCGCGUUUUCGGUCGAAUGUUAACGAUGCCGCUCAUUCAGUCAGGUCUGCCCAAAAUGAGUCUAUCAAUUGCACUAUACAUGAUGAACUACAAUGCUA